GCUAAUUGUUUUUUUUCUUUUUGAUAUGUCUCUUAUUCUUUCUUGUUUUUUUUUUUAAUCAGAUGUUUUAUACAUAACAAAUGUGGUGUUAGAUGUGAGGUAAGACUGUUUUAGAUUUCUUAGAACUUUCUAAAAUAAACAUUUUUAUUCUAAUAUGCAUCUCUUUUUUGUAGUAGCAACCUGUCUUAUAGUAACUGUGAUUUAUUUAUUUAUUUUUAAAGCAAAGGGAAUGCAAUUAAUUAAUUGCUUUUGUGGUACACCUCAUUUUCUUUUAUUUCUUCAAAUAGAUGUGAAAAGUUUUUAAUAACAGUAUAGCCUAACUUUUUUUUUUGAAACAAGCAACCUUUAGUAUUAUAAAAAUAAUUCCUUUUCUUUGUUUCAUGAAUUAGAAACAAUGAAGGAAAGCUGAAGUCUGCCCAAGCCAGGUGUUUCUUGUUGGCAGCCUGCUCCCUAAUGACUCUGGCUCUCAUACAGCAGCUGCCUGCUAGUCGUCUUUGUAUGGCCUAUUGUUGCUGCACACCCCUCGUUAAUACACAGGCUGCCCGGGGCAGACCCUGAGAAUGACAUCAACUUGCUUAUCUUAGAAACCUACAAACCUGACGCAGGGUGUUGAGGUUGCCUUGCAUCUGCCUAGCCAACUAAUUGUGAGCUUUCUGGCCUAUGAUUGGCUGCUAUUCCACUCAGUAAUAGGUUAAGCAAAGGCAUUGCCAUUCCAUCUGUUCAACCAUUCAUUGUUCUUCUUGCCUUCCUGGAAGUCUGCAGCUAAAAUUGGGUUAAGGAGUUACUGCUGAAGCUGAUACAGAAACCAAUGUCUUUGUAUUUUUCUGCUAACGACUUCAGGACAGGUUAUCUCCAGGAACAGAGAAAAAACAGCAAAGUGGAGUCAAGUACAUGCAGCAGCUUCAUGGGCUUGAAAGAUCACUUGGGGCAUGACCUAGGCCACCUUUACGUGGAGAGCACUGACACCCACAUAAGUGCUAUUGUACCUUGGUCAAUGGUGGAGAAGCCAACAAUGGAUAAAGUUAACUCCAGGAAGGAAGAUAUGGAAAAGGUGGUAUCUGAAGAAACUGGAAGCUCCAGUUGUGACUCAGAAGAAAACACAAAUUCUGAUAACGAAUCAGAACAAUUGGGUAGCAUUGCAGUAGAGCCAUGCUUGUUUACCAAGACUCAUAGACAACUCUGUAGGUCUCCCUGUUUAGAGCCUCACAUAUUCAAAUGCAACGAAAUCUUGCAAGAACUAAAAACAGAGGAGAAACAGUCAACACAUAAGGAAGUAAAGAAGCCCCCAGAUGUGGUGAAAGAAUACCAAACCAAACUGGAGUUUGCACUUAAGUUAGGUUAUUCUGAAGAACAAGUUCAGCUUGUGCUAAAUAAACUUGGUACUGAUGCUUUAAUCAAUGAUAUCUUAGGAGAACUUGUCAAACUUGGAAAUAAAAGUGAAAAUGAUCCAACUGUUAGUACAAUUAACAGUAGCAUAAAUCGAGAAACAUCUUCCCUAGAAUCUCAGAGGUCUGACUCUCCACUUCCAGAGAUUGUGACAGAUGAUGGCGAGAAUCUAAGACCAAUAGUUAUUGAUGGCAGCAAUGUGGCAAUGAGCCAUGGGAACAAAGAAGUAUUUUCCUGCCGUGGAAUAAAAUUGGCAGUUGAUUGGUUUUUGGAAAGAGGCCACAAAGAUAUUACAGUGUUUGUUCCUGCCUGGAGAAAAGAACAGUCAAGACCUGAUGCUCUCAUCACAGAUCAAGAAAUUUUGCGUAAGUUGGAGAAGGAGAAAAUUCUGGUGUUCACUCCAUCCCGACGUGUUCAGGGAAGAAGAGUAGUAUGUUAUGAUGACAGAUUCAUUGUAAAACUGGCUUUUGAAUCUGAUGGUAUCAUUGUGUCCAAUGAUAACUACAGGGACCUGGCUAAUGAGAAGCCAGAAUGGAAGAAGUUUAUAGAUGAACGAUUGCUGAUGUAUUCCUUUGUCAAUGACAAGUUUAUGCCCCCUGAUGAUCCCCUUGGCCGGCAUGGUCCAAGCUUGGAUAACUUUCUAAGGAAAAAGCCUAUUGUUCCAGAACAUAAAAAGCAGCCAUGUCCCUAUGGAAAGAAAUGUACCUAUGGACACAAGUGCAAAUACUACCAUCCUGAGAGGGGGAGUCAGCCCCAGAGAUCAGUGGCUGAUGAACUUCGUGCCAUGUCUAGAAAUACAGCAGCCAAAACUGCAAAUGAAGGAGGACUGGUGAAAAGCAACAGUGUUCCUUGUAGCACUAAAACUGAUAGCCCUGCUGAUGUCAAGCGGGCUACUCCAAAGAGGCAAUCAGAUCCUAGCAUAAGAACUCAAGUUUAUCAAGACUUAGAGGAAAAGCUUCCCACCAAAAACAAAUUGGAAACCAGGUCUGUUCCUUCUUUAGUUAGUAUACCACCUUCCUCUGCCGCCAAACCCCAAAGUACAACACCAUUAAGCAAUGGCCUUCCGUCUGGAGUUCAUUUCCCACCUCAGGAUCAAAGACCCCAAGGUCAGUAUCCUCCAAUGAUGAUGGCAACCAAAAAUCAUGGAACGCCAAUGCCUUAUGAACAGUAUCCAAAAUGUGAUUCACCAGUUGACAUUGGAUAUUAUUCCAUGUUGAAUGCAUACUCAAAUCUUAGUGUCUCUGGCCCCAGGAGCCCUGAAAGGCGUUUCUCUUUAGACACGGAUUACAGAAUUAGUUCUGUAGCCUCUGACUGCAGUAGUGAAGGGAGCAUGAGUUGUGGGAGCAGCGAUUCUUAUAUGGGCUACAAUGACAGGUCAUACGUUAGUUCUCCUGACCCACAACUGGAAGAAAACUUAAAGUGUCAACACAUGCACCCACACAGCCGCCUUAAUUCCCAGCCCUUUCUACAAAGUUUCCAUGAUCCCUUAACCAGAGUGCAAAGUUACAGUCAUGAAGAACCAAAGCAUCAUCAUAAGCCUCCAAUUCCCUACAUGGCUGUGCACUUGCAGCACCCAGCUGUGGGGGCUCGGUCCAGCUGCCCUGGUGAUUAUCCGUCCCCGCAGAAUUCAGCCCACUCGAAGACGCUACACCUGGGGAGAUCGUUGGUGUCCACAAGGAUAGACAGCAUUUCAGACUCUCGGCUCUAUGACAAUUCCCCUUCUAGACAAAGGAAGCCUUAUUCCCGCCAAGAGGGCCUUGGGAGCUGGGAGAGGCAGAACUAUGGCAUCGAUGCAUAUGGCUACCGUCAGACAUACUCGCUGCCCGACAACACCACCCAGCCAUGCUAUGAGCCAUUCACUUUCCAAAGCUUACCUGAGCAGCAGGACCAGACAUGGCGGGUCCCUUUCUGUGGCCUGCCACAAGAUGCCCCGAGAUACCAGGACAACCGAGAGAAGGUGUACAUCAACCUGUGCAACAUCUUCCCGUCUGACCUCGUGAGAGUUGUCAUGAAAAGAAACCCACACAUGACCGACGCUCAGCAACUCGCUGCAGCUAUUUUAGUGGAGAAAUCACAGCUGGGUUAUUGAGCAAUGACACAUCUUCGAGGUGUUCAGUCGUUGUUUGUUCAGCUCAGAUGCUGAGGGAGGUUUGCUACAGUAGCAUUUGUGAUCUCCUUCUCGGCAAGGAGAUUCUCUAGUAAUCCCUUUAUGUGAAAUCCUGUAUCAUGGUAUCUGUAUGUAUAGCCCCAUGCGUUGGAAGUAUCACGGGAUUCUUUUACCUUCAAACUUGACUUUUUUUUUUAAUGUUUCCUUUUUUUAAAACUAUAUUCACAACUGGAAAUUUUUCCAGGUUGGUUUGAUAGAUGUAUCUGUGAUCUUUGAUAAUAAUUUUUGGUGCAUCAGGGGUUUAUAUGCAGCACUUUUUAAUCCUUGUUUUGUGUUUUAUUAACUGGGUGUUUGGCUAUCAUUUGCAAGAAAUUACAAUACCUUCAGAAAGUUGUGAGCAUUUGACUAGAUUAGCAAAAUUUUUGUCAAGCCAAGCUUAAUUUGAGUCUUUUACAGCUUUUUAAAAUUAUUUUAAUUUGGGGGAAGUGGGCUUUUUUUGUGCUAGAAUCAUUAUUUAUAGAAAACAAAGAUAUAAUACAGCACUGACUUUAUCUUUUUUAAAAAAUGUAAGUUACCAAUUUUUAUUGAAAUUGGCAACAGUAUAUUAGAGUGACUUACAAUACAUGGCACUUUUUAUUGUUUUGUUUUUAUUUUGUUUUCUAUUAGUUAAAUAGUUGAUUUAAUGUGAUUGAUUUAAAGGACAGCAGAUGCAAUCAAUGGAAAACAAAUUAGUUUCCAUUCCUUAAGUAUGGAUAAGGCAAAAGCCUGAAAAGUUUCAACUUAGAUCUGUGUCAUUAUCCAGCUCUUUUACACAUUCUAGACAACAGAAAUGGAAUUGAAAUCCUAGAUUUACAUUAAACUGUUGUUUUAUGUGUGUGUGUGUCUUUUAUUGGCACACAAAAAUACUGGAUAAAACACCCUUUCACAAUAUUUCCCUAUUUUUAAAUGAAUCUAAUUAUUCUCAAUGCAACUUUUAUAUUUAAUAAAAUAUUCAGUUUUCUUGCUAUUUAUCAAGGCUGACCUGACAUAGGUUUUUGUGUUGAGGAUAUGCAACAUUUAUUGAUACUGCACUAUAGGGAUGGUGGUGGAGGAAAUGUAAAUGGUAACUUAAGUUUUUUGUAAGAUACUGUAUAUUUUCUUGAAGGUAGUUUUUUGGCCUGUUAUAUUAUUAGGGCCUGAUUCUUGCCACAAUAGUGUAGUUUUAGAAACAGACUAAAGUCUGUUCUAGUAUUAGUAAGGGAUAUUUCUGGUUUCAAAGUCAUGGGUUUUGCUAGCUCCAUUUUUAUGGGUUAGAAAGUAGGUUUUGCACUCAGCAGUGUAUACAGUUGAUUGAUAUAACUUGGGCUAUUGCCUAGCGUUGUAGAAUUCUGCCUAGUAUAAUGGAUUAUUUCAAGUCAGUCUGCUUUGAGACAGUGCCAUAGUUUGUGAUUUACUGUUGAUUAUUCCAUGUGCUGCAGUGUGGAGUAAAACCCUGAAAAACCAGAAAGUACCUUUUACUGUUGAUACAAAUUGUAUCUUUUUAACUAUAAGAACCAUUUUUAUUUGUAGACGUAGUUAAAACAAAAAUGCGUAACUAUGAUUAGACUUUUGGGCAACAUUUUAUCCCUUAUUUAAUUUUUUUUAAAGAAAAGUAGAAUUGAGAUCUAGGAUAGGGUAGAAAAAUAAAAGUAACAAUUUGUUUAGGUAAUUAAAAAUGUCUGUCUCAAUUUUAUAUAAUAUAUAAGUAUCUAUUAAAAUCACUCUAUUGGCAUUUUUCUUUCUCCUAAAACUUAUCUAGUGUGAACGUAAUGAAAAAUAAAGGUAAAAUGCUGCCUGAAAUAACGUCCAAGCACCUUUGACUAGGAUGACAUUUUCACUACUUGUGCGACACUGUGUGUUGCAUGGAGUAGGAUUUGGGUAUACUGUAAAUGCUUCUAAAAGGCAUUGUGCUUAUUGACAUAUCCAAUAAUCUGAACCAUGUUCAGCAAACCUAAUUCAGGAACGUGUUCUUCUAUACAGCUUUUACUGUUGUUUUUGAGGGUGGGAUCUGCAUUCAUCUGUACUCAGUAAUAACAUAGGGGAUGCUACGUGAACUCUCCCAAGUGCUAUCUGGGAGACACACACCUUAUGCACUCAUGGAAAUUUUUCUCCUUGAAUUUGUCGGUCACUAUCUGUAGAACAUGUUUUAAUGUAGAGGCUAAUUCAGUGCCAAUAACAGGGUUAUGUAUGUAGAUGUUUUUUGUCUUAGUUGUAUGCUAAUUUUUAAAUGAAACUAUUCCUCUUAAGUACUACACCAUAGUGUAGACAUGACUAGCUUAGUGUAGCAGUGAUUUUAUUUGUGUUUUUGUUUCCAUUAUUCUUCAUUUUAAUUAAUUUUCUGUCUGCCAAACUUUCCCAGAUUGCUUUGAAUAGUGUAUGAAAUGAAAGGUAGAUAUAUCACAUUUUCAUUGUGAUUUUCUGAUGUUUUAACAGAUUGGUUGUAUAUUAAUGGCUACUUUAGUUUGGCCUCAUGGUUUAAACUAUAAGAAAGCACUAGUACAGCCCACAACAAUGUCCUGAAAUGAACAGAUCUGGACUCCCUAUGCCGAUUUCUUCAAUAACUAAUUGUGAAUAAGUUGCAGUAUUCUCCUGUCAAGUGGAGCAGUCCUCUUAUAUUGAAGCAUCAGAGUUACUUUGCAGGGUGUAAGAACAAGGGAUAUUUGGCAAUAUUUAGUUAUUGUCAGUUCUUAAUUAUCUAAAAAUGGGGGGUGGAAUUUAGUUCAGGAAGAAAUGAAAUUCAUACCUAACUCAGAGAUUCCCCCCACCAGAUUUUCAUGUGACCCAAUUAAUUAGUAGCAAACUUAAGUGAGAUAUUUCACUUUCUCUUACUUUCCCUGUCAUAACCCUCUACAGGGUAUUCCAGAAGUCCUCAUGCACUUGCCAGCUUUACUAGCUAGGGAUUCUGGAACACUCUGUAAUGAGGUGCUAACUGAGUAGUGAAAUGGCCCAGUGUUCACCAUGAGGGGAAAGGAGAAGUCUACACUGGUUAGUCAUCCCCUGAAUAAUUGAGAAUUGACUAUAUUGUGCAAUGAUGUGCUAGUUCAUAGUUUUUGUUUAGUGUGGAGGAAGUACCCAGACCAUAUAGACUGGCCCUAAGUGUUUCCUCAUUUUUAGUGUAUGCUGUGUGCAGUAUCAUUUUUAUGAUCUCGAAAUCCUGAUGGAGUUCAUUGUAGAUCUUAAACAUUUGAAGGAGAGACGCACCUGUACAAAAUGUUCAGUACUUGUAGAAUCUCGAGCUGUGUGUUUUUAUGUAAAUUCAUUAAUGAAAAAUUAUAAUAUAACUUAAAGUGUGAGUACAGAUUAUAUAUAUAUAUAUAUACAGAGAGAUAUAUUCUAAAUUAAAGAAUGGAAAAAUUACUAUUGAUUGCCAAACGUUGCUCUGAUUGAGCUAUGUGGCUUUAGGUGACCAUGCUUGAUGAUGACAUUUAUGGCCACAGCUGAAAGGAGAACAAUACUUCUGAUUUUGUUCCCAGUAUUUUUAGAGAAUUAUUUUGAUAAUUUUAGCAGAAACUGUAAUUUUAAAACACAAAGAAUGCUUAAAAUUUUAUUGAUUAUAAAAAUAAUUAUUUAACAUGGCUUGUGAGUGUAUCUAUAUGUACAUAUACAGUAAUAUAUAUACAUAUAUAUAUAUAUAUACACUAUUCAAACUAACAAACACACCUCAGAGUUUUGUGAUAGUUACUGCUUUUUUUUUUUUUUAAGACCUUUAACAGUUUUCCUGAAUGGAGGAAAACAUACAAGGCUAUUUUGUGAAGUUUUUUCUAACACGCAUUUGGCUUUCAUCAUUUUAUAUGCCUAGUCUUAAUUUCAUAACUUCUGGUCAAUUUCCCUAUCCAAGAUAAAGAUAUUAAAUACAAGUAAAUGUGUAUUUUUCUAGUCAUUUCAUUCUAUUGCCUUGAGGUCUGACCCUAUGAGAAUUUCUGAAUGAAGUGAGCCACAAUCGAGUAUUUAUAUUCUAUUUAUAUUCCAGACAAACCGACAGAAUGUCAUUUUUAAUUAACCCUUUGAGGUAAGUGCCAAUAAAUAAAUGAGAAGGAACAAUACGUAGAAGAAAGGAAGGUGUUGGUGAAAAAUAGAGAACUCUACACCAAGGCUUUUAGAUUGGCAUCUAUCCCUAGCAGGGAAUCAGAAAUAAUGAGGAAAUUAGGCAUGGAACUCUGGAUGUGUUGUUAAUAAGAAAGAAUUCUAUUUCUAGUGCCACUAAAAAGUACCAAAACCUGUUAUAGUUGCUGACUUUAAUUUCAAUGAGGAGAUUUUAAUGCAGUGCAAGUCACAACUGAUCUACUUCCUUUGGCUGGUCAUACUGAAUUAUCAGAUCUGUUUCAAGGUUGUUUUAGUGUAUGUGUUUUUAACUAGCAGAAAUUAAAAGCACUGAAAGUGCUUUGUGUAGAGAUUUCCAAAAAAAAAAAUACUAAAAAUAGUUUGGAUGUUUGAGGCAUCUUGAUAAGCAUGCUAGCUUUAAUAGUAAUGAAUGGGAAUAGCUUUUUUCUCCUUUGAUUUUUAAUAGGCCAAAAUUCAGCUUUUUAAAUAAAUUAACAUCUACUCAGUUUUUUAUGAUUAUUAAAGGAACUAUGAUGAUAAGUCACAUUCAUGUCCUGUUUUGCACUUUGCAUAAACAGAAGAUCUUUUUAAAAAAAUUUUUGAGGAAAACAAAUCCAUUGUUGAAGUUGCACAUACUAUAGAUUUUUUUUCUCUAAGAUGUGAAAAUUGUGACUAGUGUAACUAUAGCUAUAAUAUGAGUGUAUUGGUUACAUGUGUACAUUUUUCUUGGAAAUGAAGCAUACCUAAGCUUGUCCCUGUCCUAGGUCUUUAAUAUAGACUGUGCUUGUGGUCCUUGGUGAGUGGUGCUCCUAUAUGGUCAUGAGUAAUUUUGAGUGCAUUAGCACUAAACACAUACUAGAAAAUAUUCUCAUUCCUUUAUAAAUUGUACUGCAUUGUAUGUAUGACAUUAUUUUCAUACAAAUAUUAAAAUUGUCUAUCUACAUAAGUUAAUAGUUUCAAGUGCAUACUGGUACAGGACUUUAGCUUUUCAGCAAUGCUAUUAUUUGUACAAUGAUCACCUGAUUAUUUUUCCUCUAAUAUUGUGUUACCUUCAAUGUUUGCUACUUGUUUAAAAAAACAAACAAACAAAAAACAAUGUACUUGCUUGUUUAAAGCAUAAAAGACUUUUUUUCUCCUUAAGCUCCUCAUUGUUUGGGUUCAGAAAAAUCAAACUCUUUUAGUCUUGGUUAACAUAGUUUUUUUUUAAGUUUUUACUUCUUUAAAACUAUGUACCAAAUUGUCCCAUACUCUGUCCAGGUAUUUCAAAAUGAAUAACAAAAUGUUGUUCAUUAAAACCUGUGCCACCUUUCCUAAAGCGGGUUGUCUUGGGAGAGAGCCGUUUUUAUUUGUUUUUACAAUGUCUGUGUUGGAUUUAUCCCAACCAUUUAAAAUGUGCAAAUAUAUGUCAACCACCAAAUACAAAACACCCCAAACAAACGCCUGCAGACUGUAUAAAAUGAGGCCUGUUUCAGGUUGUUAAUUUCAUUUUAUCCCUUCUUUGUUUCGCCCCCAAGACAUAAUUGUGUGCUUACAGAUAGAAUUUAAGGUUUUCUUAUUCAAAUUUCUCUAAAUGGGAAAAUAAGUCAAAGAAGGUAUUGAGAUGAACUGCCUGAUAAAAUGGUGUUAUUAAUUAUAUUGUUUUGUUUAAGAUGUUCUGUACUCUUUUUUUGAUGGGAUAUCUCCAAAAAGCAGUAUUUAGAUUUAAUGAAAAUCGUUACCAAACAUGGAUGUAAUUCUGGCAUUGACAAAAAAAAAUUAAAAAAAAACAUACAUUUUCCUUA